AUGAGUGAAAGUCCACAUUAAUUGAAAGCCAAAAUUGAUUUUUUACAUUAGGAGAACCAAUAGUUGAGAAACAAUAUAGAGGAUUUACAAACUGUCAUUAAAUUGAAUAAGUAGUCAAUGCGUUCUAUGAUUGAUCAAGUUGUUACCAUUCCUAGACAUAAUUAACAAACGAGUAUUCAUGAGAAUGAAAACACAGUUAAGGCACUUAAAUUAGUAAUUACAGAACAGUAAAAAGAAGUUGAUCAUUUGAUGUCAUCUUUAGAUAAGGUUUAAAAAGAGAGAGAUUUUGCUUAAGGCAAAGCCCUUAUUUCAGAGGAGAUUACAUAUGCUGCAGAAAAGAGUGAAAAGAAACUAAUUGCUGAGCUUGAGUCAACAAUAUAUGAACUCAAUCAUACUAUCAGUUAAUAAGCCUAAAAGAUUAGUUAACUUGAAAAGUAGGUUGAUUAACUUGAUGAUACUACUGGAGUGGUUGUAAGAUAUAGAGAUGUUAUUCAUCCUAAUUCAGCAACUAUUUUAUUACAUGAAGAAAUGGAAACAUUGCAUUAAUUGAUAGUGAGAUUAUAAUUAUAAGUUAAUUAUUUAAAGAGUAUUCAAUUAAAAUUAGUGACCCUUAUAAAUAAAGUAAUAACUAAUUUAUAGAUGAAAAAUUAAGGUGAAUUUAUAGAUUUAGAUGAAGAUUAUGAAAAGGCAUAACAUGAAUUUUUAGAAAUCUUAGCUUAAAUUUAAUGUAAAUAGAAUAUUCGAGUAACUUAUUUUAGAGUCUCGAUUACCCACUGUAGAAUUACCAGUUAGAAUCAAUUCUAUUUAAUCUCCUAUGAAUACAGAUAUGAUGCAUUCUCCAAUACUAUCUCCUUUUCCUAAUAAAGCACCUUAAGUUUAAAAAAAAAACUAUUAAACUUUGAAUUAAACCUUUGAUGGAGCUAUUGGAAUUAAUGAUUCAUAUUAAUAAAAUGGAAGAUAAGAAGAUUUAUAAAAGAAUAUAUCUCGAGUACCAAAGUUGAAUUUAGCUAGAGCCUUUUAAAUUCAAUAAAUUAAUGCCAAAAGAUCAACUUAAUAAAUCAAAUUAACAGAAGAUUAAUUAUAAAAUAGAGUUCGUAAAUUAGAAUUGGAAUUAGAGGAAACUAAAAAGAAUUUAUCAAGAGAAAUGAUUUUAUGUAAACAUUAUGAAAUAGAAAAUGAUUAAUUAAAAAGAUACAUUAAAUAAAUAGAAGCAAAUAAUGAUAUUUUAGUCAAAUCCAAUCUCAAUCUCAAUUAAAAAUGGGAAAAAAUUUAAAAAAGUUUUAUGUACUACAAAACAUUUUUUGUUGAGCAUAAAGAUUAAUUUGCUCAAUUAUAAAUAUUAGUUUAAUCAGAAAAGGAAGUAUUAAUAUUAUUCUAAUUAAUAGAAGGCAUAAUCAUAAGAAGAUUAAAAUGAAUUUGGCUUUAAUUCUGUUAGAGUAAGUCAUUUUAGAAAAGGUUAAACAUAAAGAAAGAAAACCUUAUUAGAUUAGACAAUAACAUCAUAUCUCCCUAUGUAUUAAGGUAAUAUUGUUAUAAUAAUCAUAUAAAGAAUCUUUAAUGGAAAUUGAGAAUUAAUUAGGAAGAGUUAACUAAUCAGUAACCUAUAAUCAAAACAAUAGAAUUAAUUCAAGUUGUGCUAUAGAAAAUAAUGGUGAAUCUCCAACAAUUUACUUUGAUAAAAAUGACAGUGAUAACGAAAAUACUGAAUGGAGAAACUAUUUAAAAAGAGAAUGGACUAUAUUAGCUACUCAAGUUCACUCUGCAAAACCUAAAAAUCUAGUACAAUAAAUAAAAUAAUCAUAACCAAUUUAAAAAUUGUAAAAUAUUAAACCAUGA